AACAUUCAUCUGGCAACAUUCUGACAACUAAACCAAACAGUAAACAAAGCAAACCUACUUGACAUCCCCUCAGAACUUCCAACUGAUCAGGAUAUCUAUAAGAAUGGCGAUGCACAUCGAGUCUUCUAUGCAGUUCAGCAAAUUACUGGGCUCAUCAACUAUCGUAAUUUCGGAUUGUAAGUUGGUAUCAUCCUCCAAUGCGAUGGAUGCACGCCACUAACAAUACAUGUAGUUUAUGCAGACUGGUGCGGACCCUGCAAAGCUAUCGCUCCAACCUACGAAUCUCUAGCUACAAAGCACUCGAAGCCAAAUCGUGUUACAUUCACAAAAAUAAAUGUAGACAACCAGCAGUCCAUAGCUCAGCGAUAUGGAGUUAGAGCGUAAGCCCAGACCCUACUACCUUCAUUAGACCUCGUUCUCAUAAUUCUGUCAGCAUGCCAACCUUCCUCAUCUUCCGAUCCGGUGCCGUGAUUGAGACUAUUCAAGGCGCAGAUGUUCGCAAGCUCACGACUGCCAUCGAGAAUGCUGUGAAACUUUCUGGCGCUGCGAAGCCAGUUUAUUCCAGCGCGGGGCGAACACUAGGCGGAUCUUCCCCUACAAGCUCCAGCGCGAUGGCAAGAAACUUCAGCUUUGACAGGCUAGUUCACAAUAUUAUUGCAUUUUUUGGUUUGUACCUCUACUCGCUAUUCUCAUUUGAUGCGUACACUGCAGCCGAGAAUUCGCCUUUCAAUAUCCAUAAGGUCCCUACGGCACCUGCAGCAAGAUCAACUGGCGGACGAACAGGAGCAACGACUCAGGCCGGGAAAAAACUAGGGACUAUUGCUGAUAUAGCGGGCAAAGACUGAAUGGAGGCUGGAUGAAGAGCGUGGAGUUUACGGGGCGCUAUGGGGCGCUACGGGGCUGGCGCAAUAUUCUAUACAACCGUUCGGUUAGGUUACAUCCUCGUGGCUCUUCUUGGUGCAAUUGAGUUGUUGAGCAAGAGUUAUGGUAGAGAAUUCUAUUUCAGCCUAGUUAUUUCUGUUCAAUCGUGCAAUCUCACCACCUGC